AUGUACGAAACGCAUAAUCCUGGCUUUUGCUAUCACUGUACGGGCGCCAUAAAAGAAAACGGUCUAACGACGAAACAACGAGCGCCAAAAGAUUCUUACGAGUUUGUACGAUCGAUAGUCUUUACCGACGACCAAGUCGACCCUCGGAAAGUUCUCUGUCUGCACCUAUUAACCGCUCAUAGCACCAGGUGGAACGAUAACGACGAUUCUACGAUUCGUCCAGUUACGUCUUUAUUGGAGAAAGCUAAGAACAAGCACUAUUCCGGUGCAUGGAACAAUAUCCUGCCGUGUUAUGUGGUGGAUAGGGAAGAGGCUUGGAACGGCACGACGCCUGAAAAUGUGAAACUACACGAAGAUCCACGAAAGCUAAGUUUAGAGGAUCAAGCGAUCCGUGACUUUGAGGCCAAGUGCAGACAGUACAUGGACAACAAUGUUGAUUUCGACGAGGCUCUAUCGACCAAUGCCAAACACACCAGAAUAGCACUCGGCGGCCUUGAAAAAAUGCCGACAAUUUCACCGCAUGUUUACUCGUUGCUCGGCCCUUCUCACGAACUACGAAUCAAACAGGCUCUGGCGAAAGGUGUGGUUAGAAAAAAAUUUGUCCAUUCUAAUAUGGAACUGGACGAAUCGAACGAGAAAAGUUUGUCGUUUUGUUUGGACGACGACGACGACGACGAUCUAUCGAGCAGAACGACUACCGAUGCGUCGAAUAGAAAUUGGGUCGCGAGAUCGACGCACAGUCCAUCGAGACGAUCAACGAUCGGAUCGUCGCGCAAGUUGGACCGAGGGAUCACCAUGUUGAAGUCAAAACGAAGUAAACCCAGGGAAUAUAUGGCGUAUAGAUCGAAAAACGACGAUACUCAAAAAGGCCUUAUGGGCAUAAAGUCCAGUUUCAGAGUCAUAAAAGGAGCACCUUCGAAAACCUCGAGUACCAAGUCCCCGUUUCGUAGUAUAUUCGAUGGUCACCCAUCAACGAAUUCUCUUUUGUCUGCUACGUUAAGUCCUGAAACAAUCAGAAGGUAUAGAAAAUGUAUUUAUUUGAAUACACCUGCCCGGUGUAUCGAACUACGGAACAAAGAUCAUAGAAUCGUACCGAUCCUUGUCAAUUAUCAAAUCCAAGCAUUGGUGCAGACCGUGCUCGAGGUUCUCGAGCGCGUGAAUCCCGACAAGUGGAGAAAGAUUAUCGAAACCGCGAAAAACACGGACGAAAUAAAGAAAAUGCUACUGUGUCCUGAGAUACAAAAUUUUGCACAGUCUCUGUUGGGCCAGUCGAUGAUGUCGUCUCCGGAAUGCUUUGUGGUUUCGGUAGCGACAGUGGCAAACGAGAUAGAUUUUCAAUUCGAGAGAGUUUUAGAAAAGGAAAUCGUAGCUCUGACUCUAGAAAUACCAUCGGCGCCAUCUUUGUACGCUUUGGUCUCCGAGAUACGAAAUAACAUAUUUCUGGACACGAAGAAAACAACCCAACCGAAGGACAGUACUAAGAAAAUUUCUUUAUCUCCGAACGAACAAAAACAUGAAAAAGAGAACAAUGAAAAAAUGUAUUCGAAUUACGAUAAAAAAAUGCCACGGGCGAAUAAAAAUAGGAAAGAUAGGAAAGAUUCUCUGAAGGGGAAUGAAAAAAAUAAACUGCCAAAAGAAAACUCGGACGAUAUCACGGAAAAAUAUUUCGAACGCUGCCCAAAGAAAAGUUUGAAGACGAGGACUGGCGAGCAGCGGAUAUCUUCGGGAAAUAUUCUUGCUACACGCACUUCGAAUGCCAAAACUUGGAAAGGUGCCCAGGAUCUUGGUCAUUUGGACGCAGAUCAUGUAAUAUUGCGAAGAAUGACCAACACUCAGAGAAUUUUAGUAGGACAGAUGUGUGCCUCCCUUAAGGGCAAGAGAAUUAAUAAUCAAGGAUUAAUUAACGAAACCGUACCACUCGCGGCAUUAAUUACUCCGGCCCUUUCUCGCGAUAGCAUUAAACUUUUAACACGAGGCACGAUGUACGCAAAACCUGACACCGUGAAAAAGCAACAAGAAGGAACGGAAGAUAAUGUUGCGGUACCGGAUAAAUUAACUGGUCCUCUACUCGCCAAGAUACGUCAAGAUAUCGCGGAGAACGAGACGAAACAACGUUUGAAAUAUUUCCUAACAUGGUUUUAA